AUGGAUGGCAGAGGGCAAGAGGCAAUUUUAUUAGGGUUAAAGGUUGAUGGAUUUUGCGAAAAUCAAGUUUUCGAGUUUCAAGGAUGCUAUUAUCACGGGUGCCUCAGAUGUUUUAAACACCAUCGCGACGAGCCUCUAACAGAUGACCCUACAGAAUCAAUGAAUUUUCGGUACGAAUCAACAGUGGCGAAAAUCGAGAGACUUAAAACAGCAGGGUAUAACGUCAUUGAAAAAUGGGAGUGUGAUUUCCGACGGGAAAUGCACGAGAACACCGAAAUAGGAAAAUAUGUCCAAAAUAAUUCGUUAUUAUCCCAUUCGCCUCUAAACCCGCGAGAUGCUUUUUACGGGGGGCGUACAGGAAAUUGCAGGACAUAUUACAGAGCCCUAUGGGAUGAGAAGAUUAAAUACCUGGGGCACUAUACUCCAAAAUAA